AUGGCUCGAGUCGGUCAUAGCAGUUGUCACACACCCUCUGUGGUUCUCUCUGCCGGAACUUAACAGGCAUCAAGCAUCUUCCUUUGGUGCAGGCCCGGCAGAAAAUACCACCACAAAAGCGGCAAUGAUGCCUCCCACGCGUUAGGGCCUUGAAUGGGGAACCACACUGCAUGCAAGUGGAAGAAUGGCUAUCUGGCAGCCAUUCUGGUGGCUCUGCUAGCAGAACUUCUUUAUAGUCGCAGAAUUUGAGAGCCUCUGCCUCAUGCAGCGAAGGUGCACUUGGUGCAUACACAGAGGAAUGCAAGAAGCUAUCUCCGUCUUUACUAGAUUCCAGGAAUGACACAUUUGAGUCAGCACCACCCUGAGCUCCAUUAUGAGAGGUGGUCCUAUUUUUUCCAGUUAUUAUUGCAAUCACCCCUUUCAGAACAUUUUCUAAAUUCACCUCCGGCAGAACAUUUUGCUGCACAGGCCUAGCAUCAUCUUCGAUUGAACUGUAUCCACUUUGGAAAUUUCUGCCAUGGGGAAAAUUGUAUGGACCACCCUCAGCUGCAGUCCAGACACCAGGCCCAGGGUCAUUGCAAUAAUGGCUCCCUGUGCCAAUUAUUGUGCUUUCUGUGUCAAACUUUGGGAAUGAUGAGCAUGAAACUAUUUCUUUGGAUUUCCCCAUGAGCUCAAUAAGAAUUCACAGUAUAUCACAAAAGUAUUCCCACUGCACAAUAAAGGUUUACGACUUGUGUCAGCAGGAAACUCAAAACGGAAAAGAAACUCCUGGUAACAACUGUUUUAGUUGGCCAACUCAAUAAAUGUACGAUGCUAUUAAAGAGCAACACAAGAGAAUGAUCAAGCACAAAAUAGACGAAAAAUACCUAAACAUUUAACAGGGAACUAGGUUUUUUCAUCAAUGACCAGAAAAUACAAAGUGAAAAUGAAAGGAACGGGAAAACAGUGUGCAAUCGGAAGUCUUUGGUCUGAAAAUAAAGUACGACUUGAGAAGAAGCGCCGAGGGAGAGAAGAUAACACAAAACUAGGCACAUAUGAAUAUUUCCUUGGCACAAUAUUACGUAUUUCCCUCACAAGAUCUAUCAGUUUGCUACGUUUCAUAGAUAAUUCACAAAAACAGAAAAUUUUCAGCCCGUCCCUGUCUGCAUCUUCAAUGGAACGCUAGAUGGGGAAAAAGACAAGGCCAUAAAUACAAUCAGGAAAGAAUUUUCUCGAUGAUGAUGAUGAAACGAACUACCUCAUUCAAACACCAUAACUAGAUUCUCGGGGAGAUAAUUCAGAAUCUAGAAAAUGAUGCAGAAAAAAAUUAUAGACAACUCAUUCCCGAAAGCUUCCUUCAGGGUACUGCCCAGAGCGCACGAGGAACGCCAGAAAAAUCCCAAAUAACUCGGGAGUCCACAAAAAUAUUUCUAAAAUUAGGGAUAGACAGAUGGCGAUUAAACCCGACAAGCAAUUACAAUUCAGCCAUGCAACAACAGCCGAGGAGGUAACUUUUUCUGGGGUCUCCGCUCCGGGGAGGCACCACGGCCACCUCCCAUAUGGGUCGCUAAUCCACGAGAGGAAACCCCCCAAAAUUGAAAUCCAUCCACAUGAUUCAAUACACCAAACCCCUCCGACGGGAAACCCCCCAAAAUUGAAAUAAAAAAUAGCCUCUCCGGCCCGUCACAAAUCCCUACGAACCGCAAAUUACAGGGUACGAAAUCCGGGGGAGAGAAAAGGAGAAGCGAGAAAGGGAACCUGCCGAGAUGAGUUCCUCCGGGAGAGAAUCCACCUCGUCCACCGCUGGCCGCUUCGGCGGCACCGUGUCGCAGGGGGGAAAGGCAAGAUACGAAAUAGAAACUAGAGAAGGGGGGGGGGGGAGAGAGAGAGAGAGAGAGAGAGAGCGUGCUCAGUUAGGUUGCCAGCCGUGGAAGAAAGCCGCACCGUUAACGGGCUAUCUCUCCGUUGGGCCUAUUUAAGGCCACAUCGAGUCCAAGCCCAAGAGCUAA